AUGGUGCAAAUCAAGCAGAAGGUGGUACAGUGUGAGCCGCCGUCGACGGCGGCAGGGGUGGCAGGGGUGGCGGUUGGCCGGUUUGCGGUGCUGCUGCAGAAGCAAAAGCAACAGCAACCGGCGGCCGGACCAUCGCUGAGCGAUUGUCUCGAGCGGGCCGAGUCCGGCCAACCGAGUCGGUUGGCGGUGAAGGGCGGUACCUGGCACUAUGGUGAGGCGAGACUAGCGGCCGUACGGCAGGCCCGGGCCGAAGCACGCGAGAUCCGGAUGCUCGAGCUGGAGCGCAAUCAACGGCAGCAGCAGCAGCAGCAGCAGCAGCAUGAAGCAGGCGGUGGAGAGGCCUCUGGCGUCCCUGGUGCACCUUCCGCCGCUGCUGCUGCUGCAGCUGGCAAAGCGACACGCGGGACCAACGUAGCUGCGCCGUCGGCCGCCAACACGACGAGCGCUCGUAUUGCACGUGCGGUCGCGCUGCUCAAUACAUGCACCACAAUGCUGAUCAACCACACGACGCUACCGGUCAGCGACAAGGGCGAGGCGAUGCAAACCCUGUCGACCAACAUGAAGGAGCUGAGUGACUGUUUCAAUGAAAGUAUGAUCAAAAAGGCGGAACUGGAAAACGAGAACACCGCCGUCAACUACCAGAACGAGCUGCUCCGGGAUGAGCUGGACGAGACGCUGGAAAAACAUUGCCAGCUGCAGCGGGAAAAUCGGGAAAAGCUGAAGGAAUGCAGCGGCCUCAAGCGGGACCUCGAAAAGCUCCAGGAGGAGUUGCGGCUCGCGAAUGGGCAGGUGCAGGAGCGGGACGCACUCAUCACCCAGCACGGGCUGCUGAUCGUGAGCAUCGAGAACCAGGAUGGGAGCGAUGCCCGGCGGAUGCUUCUGUCCGCGGAAAACAGUGAACUGUUGGGCUCCGUUUCGGGGUCACUAGAUGCACGGCUGUCGAAGUUCGCGGAGGAGAAAGCGCGCUUGGAAACGAAGCUCCAGGAGGCCCUGGACGAGCUGAACACCAUUAAAGCCCAGAGGGUCCAGCCAGAAGAGAUGCUGAACGAGAACGCUUUGCAUGAGACCACCGAACGGCUGGUCGUCGGUGCACAGCGCGUUCGCCUGCGCCAGCUGGCCACCGAAAACGGAAGCUUCGCUAAACAGAUCGUCCAGUUCCGGGACAAAUUGGAGGCAGUCGAGCGGGCGGGACCGAAGGCUACGGAAAGGGUGCUCCAUGAGCCCACCGUAGCGCAGUUUUGGGACGAGUGCCACUGUCAGUAAGCACCGACUCGACUCGACUCGAUGAUGAUGAUGAUGUCACAAUGUAGGAUUUAUUCAGGAUUGAAAUCGCGUAAGAUCGUGUGCCAGGAGUUAAUGGGGAGUCCCUUCGGCCAAUCCCUCGUCGUCGUCCCCAUCGCCAGCUCGGGCCCAGUGCUUCGGACCCACGAGCAUACCGAAGCCAGGUUGCGCAGAGUUUGCGCAAAAUAAGGGGAUUUCCAUCCAAAUCUCUGCACGUGAAGGAGCUCGAGCCAUCCGAAAAACACUCUGAUGCAGCGCCUGGAGCGCCCGUUACUUGAUGUUGGAUUGAUGUUAACCGCGCUGUGGCCGGAGUGCACCGUAGGGUAGGGUGGCGACUGGUAGAGUAGUUGUGAAGGGGAGAAGAGAAAGGAAGAGAUGAACUAUCACUUUACUAGGCUGUGCACCGACACAGCGCCCACCUUUAGCAAACAUAAGUAGUAUUUGAAAAAAAGGAAAAAGACAGAUCGAGUUUAGGAGGUAGAAAAAACGCGAAGCAAGCUUGUAGGAGGAGUAGAAGAAGAAGGAGGAGACGGAAGAGAAGAAGGAGUGGAAUGGCAAAUGGAGACAGGGAUUACUAUUACUACUUUUAAUUCGAAUCUAUACAUAUAUAUUAUUCUAACUGA